GUGUUGAACGGAGAGUAGCGCGGAGACCGUCUCUCUCCUGACCUUUUUCAAGCGGAGGACUUUUGGUGCGGACUGAGCGCGUUUCUGAGAGGAAGUGGAGUGCAGAAGCCCCCGCGAGGGUACGUGGAUAGUGUGAGAGGUGUGAUGGAGGGUGAGAUGGGCAUCAAGCGGGGCUGCCGCCUCUGCUUGGCCCCGGACAAUGAGUGUGUCUCCAUAUUCGCGACAGCAGCUGCCGACCGGGAGGCGCUGGCGAUGAAAAUUCUGGCGUGUGUCAAUAUAAAGGUUCAUCAGUCCGACAGUCUCUCGUCGCGCAUCUGUCACGCGUGCAUCAGCUACUUGAACUCAUGGCAGAGCUUCAAGAAUCGCUGCUACGCCGCCCAGCGGAAGCAGAAAACGUGGCUGACCUGCCAGCUCCAGCGGCAGCUCAACAGCGCCCGCGAGGAAGCUUCCAGCGCGGCCAAAAAGCGCCGCCACUCCGCCGAGGGCGAUGAUCAGCGGGUGACGGCCAAGAGGACCCACGAGGGGUCUGCAGAUGAGGAUUUCUAUCCGGAGAAGCAACUCAAGAGCGCCUCUGCCAGCGCUUCCCAGCGUCCCAGUGUGGCAGAGAGCGACAGCUUCAUCAAGCAGGAGCCCAAGGAUGACGAGGAGCAGGAGGGUCCAGUCACUGUCAACAUGGAGCUCGAUCCGAGUCAAUUUCUCGCUGACAACGACUCGGAGGAGGAGUACCAGAAUGACUCUGCGCAUAAUGACGAGGGACCACCAAUACUGACAUCUCUCGGUCUCACGCAUAUCAACCAUGUCAAUCCCUACAACUAUCUGGCCACGGAUCUGGAGGAGUACGACCAGGAGAUGGAGGACGGGGACUCCUCCAUGCCGUUCAGCGGUGGGCUUCAGGCGCUGCUGAAGCGCAAGACUCAGCCCUCAAUUCCGGCCAGGUGUCAGAUUUGUCAGAUGAAAUUCUCCAAUCGCGCCAAUGCUCGUCGCCACGAGAGGAACAUCCAUGGGAUUAAGAUAUCGACAGAGAAUGGGGACAUCACGGUGAUGCCAAAGCCGCCGCCGCCGCUCAUCAUGCUGCCGAAGAGAGAGCAGGGCAGUGGCGGUGGUGGUCAAGCGAGUGGAUCCGCUUCGGUGACGAGUGGAGACGAUGUAAAACCGUCGGUUCCGGUGCUGAAGAAGCCCACAAAGCCGGUGCCCGAAGAGUGGGACUACACGAAGCCCGAGAAGUAUCGGCAUCUCCUCACGGAGAACAAGUUGGCAUUCAUCAGGCGGAAUCUGAAGUUUCUUGGCCAGUAUCAAGAUAUGAAAUGCAAGUGUUGCGAUCGAAAGUACUUCACGUACAAGACCUUCAUGUCUCACAUGCGAAAGCGCUUUUUGUCUCUGCCGCGCAACAUGUGCUUCAAGUGUCUCAGGCAGUUUGAGACGAAGGGACAGUUUAUAGCGCACUUGAAGAAGAAGAAUUGCCUGAAUCUGUACACGCUCUACAUGGCGGACACGUCAAUUUCCAAGGUGUUUCACACAUCAUCGCCCUCGGGUCGCAUUGGACCGAAAGAGAUCCUGGCCAAUAAGGCGUACGGAUGCAAGCUGUGCACUGAGCAGUUCCGGCUCAAGAGUGACUUCCGCACGCACGUCAAUGAGAGUCAUCCGGAUGCGCAGAACUUCCGGGAUCCGAUGACGGGCAACUGUACGUAUUGUGAGGCCACAUUCGAGGAGGCGAGUCAGCGCAAGAAGCAUUUCGGAAAUAUGGAGUGUCUGGUGUUUCUGAUCUGUGGCAACUGCGAGGAGCGUUUUGACUCGAAUCCGCAGUUUCUGGAGCACGUGUAUGCGACGCAUCUGACAAAAUUGGGCCGUGGAACGAUUCAGAAGCAGGCUAACGCACAGAUGGCCAGUCAGAAUGGUGAGGAUGACUUCAAGGAGGUGGAGGAGAGUGGACAGCCCAACUCGAAGAGCGCCCAGAAUUGUCCCGUGUGCGAUAAGCAGUAUAACAACUACUACAAUGUGUUGAGGCACAUGGAGUCGAAGCAUCCAGAUAAGAUGCCCAAGACUUAUCACUGCGAGAUUUGCCAGACGGGCUUCGCACGGCAAACUGAAUUGCGAGAGCACGUGAAGACGGCUCAUGGUGAGUUGAGCUUGACCAAGGUGAAGCCCAUCAGCUUUAGCUGCAGGGAGUGCAAGGAGCUGUUCGAGAAGAAGGAGGCGUGGAUUGAGCAUCAGACGAGCCAUGAUAAGUUCAUGUGCCAGCAGUGUGACUUCACCGUAAAGGCGCGCGACGAGUUUGAGACUCACCUGGCCACCCACACGAAGCUGAAGGUGUACUCGUGCGGCAUCUGCAAGGCGUCCUUCAACACAGAAGAGGGUCUGCAGUAUCACACCAUGACCACGCAUCUUGUACUCGACAGCGACGAGGCGCUCUUCAAGCAGAUCACCAAGACGGAGGUUGAAGUGAAGCUGGAGCCACUGGAUCCGCAAUCAGUCGUGGAUGCACUCAAUUUGCAUCUGGACGGUGUGGAGAUCAUUGCGAAGCCACGUGAAAGUGCACAGAAGAGCGGCAGUGGUGCGCAAACGGCCCAAACGAGUCCCCAGAAGGCUGAUGUGUCGGUGGAUUUGACAGGUGAGCCGGGAAUUUCGCAGAAGCCACUGCACUACAACUCCAGAAUGCGUUGUCGCGUGUGCCAGAAGAGGAUCAGCAGCAAGGUUGGGUACAAGAAUCACUUGCUUAUUGAGCACCAGAUUAAUGAUUGUCAGUUUGUGAGCUGCGAUCUCUGUCCGGCGGAAUUCAGCAAUGAGAAGGGACUGCGUGUGCACAUGUUCAGGACGCACAAUAUAUCUGUGAAGGAGGAAGAGGGCGGAUCUGCGGAUCAGCAGCACUUUGAGUGCAACAUUUGCCAUACAGUGUACAGGAGUGUGGAGCAACUGCGGGAUCACAUCAACACAGUUCAUGGAGUGACAAAUCUGCCGGAUCUUGAUGAAUCGGCGGAACAGUCAAGUGUGGUCAAGGAUGGGGAUUCCCACAAUGAGACGCUGCCGGACUACACGCCAAUCGAGGUGUGGUUCCAGUGCCGCUACUGCGAUGAGAACUUCAACUCCAACAAGAAGCUGACGAUUCACAUGAACACCCACGAGGAGCAUGACUCCACGGAUUACACGUGCAGAGAUUGUGGGAAUGUGUAUGGGACCAGGAAGUCUUUGUGGGUGCACCGACACAAGAAGCACCCGCGUCCACAGAUGCCGUCGCCGUGCGAGGUGUGCAGCAAGGUGUUCUAUGACAAGACGGAGCUUGGGUAUCAUCUGAAGACGCACGGUGGGGCGAAGAAGAGUCUGUUGGAUGGAAUUAGUGGCGAUGCCGAGGAGGCAGGCAGUGACACGGGAAAGUACUCUUGCCACGUGUGCGGCAGGAAGUUCCAGGACAAGUCACCACUAAGCAAACACCUGAGGAUUCACGAGAUGGAGAAUAGCAUGUUCAGUUCGUCACUCCUGGUGACAGCGCUCAGUGACAGUCUGGAGCAGCAAUCUGAUCAGCCGUCCAACUGGGGCAACUCGUUGCUGAACAACGACGGAGAGUUCUCGUGUGACAUUUGCCCCAAGACCUUCUCUCUGCUGAGUGCCCUCAAGGUGCACCGUGGGUGGCACUUUAGGUCACCUGAUGGGCGUCAGGUGACAGAUCCGGGAAAUAUCUGGCAACCGGGAACAUUGCCACCGAGCAGAGCCAAGCGAUUCCGGCCGCUGCCCUCGAAGCCACCCGUUUGUCCGUAUUGCAGCUCCAAGUUCGCCAGUGCCAAUAAUCUGAGGCGGCACAUUGUGGAGGUGCACAAGCGCAAUGAGUCGCGCAUGAAUCGCGAGGCAGUGAAUCCGGGGGUGUUUAUUGAGAAGGAGCGCGAGUGCAGUGCGUGCAACAAGAGUUUUGACACGCACAUCGAGUGGAUUGAGCACAAGAUGGGACAUGCGAAGAAUCAGAAGCCCUCGACGACAUUCGAGUGGAACUGUGAGAUUUGUGGGAAGAUGUUCACGCGGAAGGAGAGAUUGCUGCAGCACAUGAUCACACAUUUGAAUAGCACGGGCGACAGGGCGGAGGAUGAUAUUGAAGAGGUGGAGGAUGAGGAGGAGCCGGAGAACAGCUCAGAGGCGAAGGCGCAGGAAGUGAUGGUGGAGGACGACGUUGUGGCUGAGAGUUCGCCCGAGAUGAGUGACGCGGAGGAGAGGGAGGGUGACAAACACUCGUGUGAUCUGUGCCAGGUGUUCUUCAAGACGUCGGCAGAACUCCGUCGCCAUGUAACAUCACAUUUCAUUAAUGGGACAGCCACGAUUGGGAAUGAGGAGGUGAAGGGAAAUUCGCCGUCACCUGUGCCGGUGGCCAAGCAGACUGCCCAGUCGGAGGCCGAAGAGGAGGAGGAGGAGGAUGAUGAGGAGGAAGUGGUGGUGAAGAAAGAUCCUCAAGACAGUCAAUUACUGGAGGAGGUCGUGGGUUCAGACUCUGAUGAUGACGACCUGGAUGAGAGUGGCGAGGAUGUGAUUGAGGACGAUGAUGACGUGAUUGAGGACAGCGAGGACGAGAGUGUGGCUGAAGAUGAGAACUUCAAUGAUGAGGAUGAGGAGUUCAUGGAGGAGUACAUCGAUGCGGAUGAGAUUGAGCCGAAGACGGUGGAGAUUUCAUCCACUGACGAGAAAUCCGAUGCCCAGGCCAUUGUGUACAAAUGUCGCCUGUGUGACACGCCUCAUCGCAGCCACUUCGCCUCUAUCAAGUGCAUGGAGGCUCAUCGGAUGCCCACGGAGUGGAAGUGCUCCAAGUGUCAGGUGUUCUUCGCUGAUGCCCAGCAGAUGAAAGACCAUGCGCGAUUGAUGCAUGAAUAGGA